AUGUCUAAGGUUGCGAAAAGUGGAUUGAAGUUCGUCAAGAAGAGGGUCGCCGGACAUAAGCGCUCAGCGGAGGACAUCGAGGAUGAGGCGUAUGAAAGGGAACUCGCAAUCCAAGCAGCUCGGGAGGCCGGGCUAGCGAGCAAUGUGCAUCCUUCCCAUCAGAUGCAAACAGUCUUACCCCCGAAAUCUGAAGAAGAUGAACUCGCCACAGCUCAAGCAGCUCUACCACAAGAUCCAGCGGUGAAGAAAUCGAGUGAAGAUUGGGAGCUUUUCAACAAACUUCUCGGGAAGGUCGAAACGACCGUUCAGUCAACCGCUCACACCAUAGAAAAAGUCAAGGAGAGCUCGGUCGUUCAAGAAAUCAUCGAGAAGGAGAAAGAAUCCCAGGUUGUAAUCCCUGAAUAUAAAGGAGUGAAACCCCUUGAAGAAGCCAAACGUGAGAAGGAGCAGAGAGAACGUGAAGCCUUGAGGCAGCGCCGUGACGCCGAGGAGUGGGGGCGUGCUUUCGACAGUGGGAGCGGUAAAAACCAGGUCCCCGACGUUUUAUUAUUGGGCGACCCCGAGGAUCAGCCAAAACUCUCCUUCGCCCACUACAGCCCCUCAUCUGGACCUUCUGCAAUCCCGAAGACCCCGAUAGAAGUCGAUCCAUUCGACACGACUUUCAUAUCCCCCGUCGAUCACAAGAAUACUUUGUCAGGGAAAUCCGAUGAGGAGGAUCCUUUCGACACGAAGGAAAUCAUUGAGAAGAUCGAGGCGGUCGACAAGCAGACUCAGCGGAGACUGUCUCUGUCUGGAUCUGUGAACCCUUCAGGCGGUCUACCAGGGAUCCAAGAUGAUCCGAACCCUCGUGUUCGUCCCCCGUCCCGUCCGACGGCAGGAUCCUCAUUAUUCAGUUCGACAGACUGUUCCCCCGUAGACAUCCCGGACGAGGUCCAAAAAUUCUUCAAAAACCACUCACGUCGCUCGUCCACCAACCCUUUCGACCCGUCGGAAUUAGCAGUCGUUCAGCCGCUCAGUACUGAGGACACCAUUCGCACUGGUGCAGCUCUCCUUCAGGCGAUUGCCAGCGAGUUCGUAAACAAGGACGACGAUGACGAUGACCUAUUCAAUAAGACUCUGGCUGGUAAAGGACAACUGCCUCCACCUUCGCCCAUCAGCCCCUUCUCUGAACCAGAACAUCGGGACCACGUUGUACCGGAGCUCUUGGAUCUGGGAGGUUCUUCCGGAGGCAGUUCUUCGCGAGGUAUCCCCCUCAAUUCAGAUUCCACAUGAAAUCUCUUCGGGAACGAAUGUGCGAUACCUUAUUUCUCUAAUAAAUUCCCCGCUGUAGCCACGGCAUCGUCGGUCGGUCCGUUCACGGCGGUCGGAGUGAGCGUUGGUGCGCUUCCGCUCGCUCCGCAAACGGUUCCUGCCGCCGCACCACCAGCAGCUCCCGUGGACGCGUUCCAGUUGGCUUUCGGCAAGAAGAGCAUCGACUUGGACGAUGUACCCCCUCAAGCCCAAACGGAGCUCCCACUCGACCAAGUUCCUCAAGCUCUGAAAAGCGUGAAAGACUCAUUCGAUCCUUUCAAAGGCGUCCAGCGAGCCUUAGAGCUCCCCACGAGCGUUCCCGAUUCCGUUUCCGGAGCUCCUACGCCGGGAUCAGAUGUGUUCGAGAACGACUGGCGACAACAGGAAGAAGAGCUCUUCGGGCCGAAGACAUCUGAUGUGAGGUCUCCACCCGAAAGACCCGCCCAAGGGCUGGAGGAGACGCAGCCGGCCACUACUGAGGCGCAUACUGUUCGCUCGAGAGAAUCACUCAAAGAUGAGAUCACCCACGAAGGAAGCCUGCCGGGUCUUCGGCGUGUCUUCCCCUCGGCAGACGACAAGAACCCAUUUUCUCCGAAGAAUUCUCCUCCGGCCGAAAGCGCCCCCGUGGAAAUUCCGCCUGUCGCCAACAACCCCUUCAGCGCUUCAGCGAGCGGCGCAGCCAGGAAAAGCGUGACGUCGCCGGAAAACCCCUUUCUACCCAAGCCUCCGUCUCCUCCGACGAGAACGAUCGCAGAGGAUCGUAGAUCUUCGGUGGACUCCAACCCGUUCAGCCCCACGGCGACCCUCCCUCCGGUGACGGUGGGGAUCAACAAUCCUUUCGGGGAAGACUCGGAAUCAGUGCUACCAGUCGAUUCUUUCUCUUCGGCGUUCGCGGCGUCCUCCGCCCAGAGAGCAACAACGGGACCUGUCUCCUUCGUCAACACGUCGGUCGAUCCUUUCGACACCACGAGCAUCGAGCCCGCGACAGAUCGGACAAGCCUGGACGCUUUCGCGUCUAAAUUCGCUCAGGCUGACGGAGUAAUCUCGGCGACCGAUGCCUUCGGCGCAUCAGGCGACCAAGAUGGAAACGAAGACAUCAGCGGUGGCUUCGGCGGGGAUCAGUUCCAAGUAGACGGCGAUUUUCUCGGGAAUGGAGCGAUUCCUAUCCCGCAGGUCCCCGACAACACACCCGUCAAAAGAGCGAAUUAUGGCGAUUCCAAGGACUCGUUCGACGACGACGACGAGGAAGAGCAUAUGAAAAUCACUAUUCGACCCAAACUUCGUCCUGUCGGAGCACCGGUCGGAGUGCCCUCUCUGGCAGCGCCACCUAAGCUGAUCCCACCACCGAAAAGCCCAUCUCGACAAGCAGGAUACCAAGUGCAGCCCGACCGCUUCAACCCCUUCGACAAGGGCGGUCUAAAAACAGCUUCAACGGGUGAUGAGCAGAUCUUCAAUGCGUUCGAAGACGCCUUGAACGACUCGAAAUCGGAAGCGAAGGACGAAGGUCUCCCUCCAGCCCUCGGAGAAUCUGGAUCCAAACAAGCUGAACCUCUUUCACCGUCUACUCCUCUCUUCGACGAGGACACGACAGUACCCUUGACCGAGUGGAAACCGAAACGCGACCUCAGUGAAGGCUGGGAGUUCUACCUUCGGUGGCCGAGCAAGAAGAAAUUCACGGGCACACGAUACUGGAGGCCAGUGUUCGUCAGAUUCAACGAUGCAACGAUUCUCUGGAUAAUGGGCAAGAAAGACGACUCGGAUCCAAUUCAAGAGGUCCCCCUCCAAGGCUGCUACUCGUUGUCCGAAAUGGCGCAUCAACCCUUGGAUCAAUUCAAGAAAAUUUUCACCAUAAAACUCCAGUACACCUACUACAAGGAAACGGUCGGCGUUCGCAAGGGACAAAUCGCCAAGGUUAUCUCGGGACAGGUUGACUCAAUGGGAUCGGUAGCAAAACUGGGAUUACCCCUCCAGCACGCCCCGCAACUGAACGAAUUGCUGAAGCUAGGAACACCGAACAUAGAGACGAUGAGAACAUUUGUCCAGGUCAUCGAGGACGUUCUCUUCGGUCUGCAAAUACACCGGGAUCGUGCUCUGAUCUACAAGGCCGAAGAGAUUCAAGCAAUGGUUGUAGACGAGUACGUCGUCGACGUAGACAAGACGGGACACGUUUGUUCCCAAAAGGCAAGAGUGCGACUAUUUUUCUUGGCCUUCGUCAACGGUAUGCCUGACGUGGAGGUCGGAAUCAAUGAGCUUACGCGGCAAGGGAAAGAAGUUGUGGGUCGGUGUGACAUUAUGCCCAUCGUCACCGAGGAAUGGAUUCGCGUCGAAGACUACGAAUUCCAUUCUUGCGUCGAUAACCAAGAGUUCGAAAACUCAAAAGUUAUAAAACUCCGACCUCCUGACGCAACAUUCUUCGAACUCAUGCGUUUCCGAGUUCGACCACCUCGCCAAAGAGAACUCCCCAUUCAGCUGACAGCAGUCUUAAAGGUGAACGCUCCGAAAGUGCACUUGAAAGCCGAAGUAUUGGUGCCCGGCUACUCCUCACGGAAGCACGGCCAGAUACCAUGUGAAGACAUCGCAAUGUUCUUCCCAAUCCCCGAAUGCUGGGUAUAUUUAUUCCGUGUGGAGAGACACUUCCGCUACGGCGCUCUGAAAAGCACAAACAGGCGCCACGGUAAAAUCAAGGGCUUGGAGAGAAUUAUGGGAGCCGCCGCCGGUGGGAACAUCGACAAACAACUCAUUGAAGUCACGGCAGGCCAAGCGAAAUAUGAGCCGGCUCACAAAGCCAUCGUGUGGAGAGUCUCACGUUUGCCCAAAGAAGGUCAAGGCGCUUAUACGCAGCAGAUGAUGACGGUAGACUUGGAGCUGACGUCUUUCGAUCAGAUACCAACUGAGUUUGACAGUAAUCUCAGGGUGGAAUUCACGAUGCCAGCGUCAACAGUUUCGCACACCACGAUCAGAUCCAUCUCCUGCCCGACCGACGCGGAUCUCCCAGUCGAGAAGUACUGCCGAUACGUGGCAAAGCACCGGUAUAGUGUCGAGAUGGAUGUUCAAGUGGGUUCCGGUCCCAUGGAAGCUCCUCCACCACUAGUCACUCGUGUCGAGGCAAAGGAACCGGUUCCAGGGACACCGCCCCCCAUGGUCCGGCAAACGGAGAACGCGGGUUCGGACUCCGAGUACUCUGAUUAG